AUGAAGAAAAGUCGAACUCAAAUCUGUCUUGGCCGUCUACGCUGGUGUCCUGCCGUUGUCUCCACCGCUCUUAGCAACUACUUUGCUGUAGAGGACCCAGGAGAUCAACAAGUGGAAGAUACGCUCAACGCGAACUGGCGGUUCCUGAUGCCGACAAGGGCGAGCACCCUGACCGUGCCGUCGUUAUCAAGUACGUUCCGUUGGCGAUUCCAAGAGGGGCCAUCGACAAGUUGUACUCUGUGGUGCCGUCCAACAAAUAUCCUCAACGAAUGCGAGGGUUCCUCCUGGAACUCGGAGCUCGGAAUUCAAGACCUCCGAGUUCAAGCCGUUCCCUAUCAUUGUCUUCGUCUCACAUACCUCUCCUUUGGAGGCCUGUUUCUCGACACCAAGAUUUAG